UUAUAGUUACGAAACCAGAUUCGAUCAAGAUGCUAAGGUGCAAUCAAGGACGUUAAAGGUAUUUUUAACGUCCUUGGGUGCAAUACAAUAAUUAAUAAAUUUACUUUUGACCUGUAUUCCACAAGCUACGCCACUGUCUAAUCAGCUGUUUGUGAUAUGACGUGUAUUAAAUUGACGUGUAUAACCUCAAAUCGUAGGAUACUUGCUCUGGAUACUUGGCAGUUUCGUUGACAACCAUUUAAAUUGAAUAGUGUUUAGAAUAUUUAGACAAUUUUUGAGGCGAAAACAAGAUGGUUUUAAUGACUAUGAUCGCUCGUAUCGUUGACGGUUUACCGUUAGCGGCGACAAUGCAAGAAGACGAGCAGUCAGGUCGCAACAUCCUGGAUUACCAAAAUCAAGCCAAAAUGUUAUUCCGAAAACUUGGACCUCAGUCGCCCACCCGCUGUACAAUCGAGACAGGGCCGUAUUUAUUUCACUAUUUAAUUGAGCACGAUGUGUGUUAUUUAGUUCUAUGCGAUAGGAAUUAUUCAAAACGCUUAGCUUAUUCAUAUUUGGAAGACAUUGCGCAAGAAUUUCAUUCCCAGUAUGGUAAACGUGUAAAUACAGUCACAAGACCGUACACAUUUAUAGAGUUUGAUACGUAUAUACAGAAAUCGAAGAAGGUAUUUACGGAUUCGCGGGCUAGACGUAACAUGACCAAUAUUAAUAAUCAACUACAAGAUGUACAGAGGAUAAUGGUGCAAAAUAUCGAUGAUGUACUACAACGAGGAACUGUUUUAUCAGAAUUGGAUUCGAAAACACAAAAUUUAUCCAUGUUGACCCAAAAAUAUAAAAAAGACGCCACAUUUUUAAAUACCAAGUCGAUGUACGUGAAAGCCGCUGCCGGAUGUAUAGUUGUAUUUGUUUUUAUCUUAUACUUUUGGAUUUUGUAAUAAUGGUAUCAUUAAGGUUAAAAAUAUUAUAGGUAUUGCCAUUGCAAAUUUUUAUUUAAUCCGGUGUAUUGGAAUAAGUUAAGAUCUAUCUCUUAAGGUGUGUUGUCCCUAUAAUUUUGCUUCAAUUUGGAAACUAAUGGAAACUUCUGUGAUAUACGUGUUUUGGUCUGUAACUUUAAUUAAGAUACCAUUCAAAGCAUCCAAAUGUCGUUACAGUAUAAGUUUUUUUCUUGUCUUAUUACAAUGCUUAUUUAAAUAUAUUCCUUAAUUUUUGCAAA